GCGCUCGAACGGCUGAGUGCACGCGCACGUUUCAGUUAACGCAACACUAUUUAAUAACGCGUUUCGAACGGCACGGACAUCGAAAACACAAUUCACAUUAUUCAGCUUACUCACCUAAAUCCAGCCGGUUAGAAAAUAAAAACUUUAUUUUACAAAAUUAGAAAAGUUUUUCGUCAAAUUGGUUCUAAGAUAUUUUCCGCUCUAUGGUCUCGGUUGAUUGUGUUCUUUGAAAUAUUAAUUUAAUUCAAAGUUAUAAGUGAUGUAGCUGUGUGAAAUUUGGUUGCGAAGAAAACUUUUGCUUCAAAGGAAUUUAUUGUGGGUUCCUUCUUUUACUAAAUCAGCUAGGAUAAAACCAAAAUGGCGGCGGUUAGCAAGCACCUGUACAAUGACUUAGUGGAGGACAUGGCAUGCCACAACCUGUUCCACCCGUGGACGGAGAGCUGUGUCAAGUCGUGGCCGAAGGUAUUGGCGGAUACAACGAUUGGCAGCACACGGUUUUACACAAUAAUUUAUUUGAUACAAAUUCUGAUGCAAGGCAAGAAGCUGAAACAUAAGAGGACAUGGAGGAAUCUAAUGGAGUAUUUCGUGAGGUCUACAUUAUUGGGGACCGCUAUUCCAUUCUCCUACAUCGUGUUCAACUGUGUAUUUGGGAAAAUUGGAAUCAAGAAGAGCUAUUUCACAACACUUCUACUACCGUUCACAAUCAACGGUUUAUUCAUAUAUUUAGAACCGCCGCACAGAAGGAGUUUGGUCGUCAAUUUGUUUGUCAAUCUGCUCAUCGAAUACUGUCUGAAGUGUCUCAGCAGAUCUGGUUAUAUUGAAAUGACAAAGUCCAAGCAAACACUGAUGUUUAUGAUCGGAAGUGCCUUCCUUUUCUACCUCAUGCGGUUAGAGGGAGACAAACCGAAGCGGACGCCUCUGUUUUGGUUGUACACAGCAGAGAAAGUUAAAAGAAAAACAGAUGAUAGCUCAAAAAUCGUGUGCCCACACAAAGGAAUAUGUUGGAAGUACAUAUUAAAGGGUUCAAGCACUUACUUCGGAAUCGGUUUAGCCAUCAGCCUGGCAAAACUCGUCUUGCCCAAAAUAAGGACGCCCGUCAAAGCCUUGUCUUCGAUCAGAGGAAAGAAUUUCAAGUUGGCAAUGUUCUUCGGCAGUUAUAUCGGUAUUUACAGAGCUGUGAUGUGUUACUUAUGUAACAAAACCAAACGCGACGAUGCACUAUAUGCUUUGCCCGCGGGUUACGUCGCGGGGUUAUCGAUGAUGUUCAAUCCCAGCACUGGUUUGGCUAUAGCCUCCCUGACCGCUGCUUUCAAGCUAUACUCAACUAUUCUUUACGAGAAGAAGAUUUUGCCAGAUAACGUGCCACUGCCAGAGUUGAUGUACUGCCUGUGUCAGGGUAUACUGUUCUCUUCGAGGCUGGUGGACCUAGGAGCAUGCCCUUCAUACAUAUUGAACCUAAUGGACACCGUCAGUCAUGGACACUGCGAAGCCGUGUUUCAACGAGUUGUAGCGGAAUCCAAAAGACUGGCAUCUUCAUAAGGGCAUCAAUAUUGAAAGAUUUAGUUAAUUUUAGAAUAAGUCUGAAAUGGUGAUUUAGUUGUGGGUUUUUCAUAGGAUCCUUAAUACAAGAACAUAUCAGAUCAGGAUGAUUUUGCUUACUAAAGCUUAAUAUUUAAUUUCAUUAAUGUACUUAUGACUAAGAAAUUGUUUAUAGAUUUUUUUUUAUUUGGGAUACAAACGAUAUUUUAUUAUAUUUAGAUUAAUUAAAUAUAGAAAAUAACAUAUGUCAACAAAGCUUCCACUAAAAACUAGGUCAGUUAUGAGCAGCUGUGUAUUUAUAAAGAAUAUAAAAAAAAUAACAGUUCAAUUACUUCAUUUAAAAGCUUUUUUUAAUUCAUUGUUUCCAUUUUUAAGCAUAUCAAUGAAAUAGAUUUUAUUAUUAUGUGAAUCACAAGCUCAAUACAAAAAUGUGUCUGCAGUAUAUUUUGUCUUAACAAAAGGUACACUAAACAGGCAGUUAAACCUAGAGUUUAUACGGGAACACUUGAAUCAAAUGUUACUUCAAAGAAAGGUAGAAUCUACCAUAUCAUUCAAGAUUUUAAACAGGAAGAUCUGAUCUCUCACGCAACGACGCUUACUCAAAUAUUGUCUAAGAAUCGUUUCAUUGUUUACCAUACAAUACGAACACCUAAAUGAAAUAUGUAUAUAUGUAUACAUAUUUCACGUAUUUCACAUAUAUAUAUAUAUAUAUAUAUAAUAUAUAUAUUGAGCUCUAUUAAGAAUAUUUAAUUUACAUUUCCCGUAACAAAUUGUUUAUAUAAAGAGGUGAAUACAUUUAUCUAUGGUGGUAUUGAUACCAUUACUGUGUGUAUAUUUAGGACCCACUCAAUUCUUAGUUAAUGAAUUAUUAGGCUUCAACGAGCGAUAUUCAACCUAGUGAUCUCCAAAUAGCAAAAUAUACUAAUGUUUUUAAUGAAUUUAGAAGGUAUUAGAAAUAUAUGUAAUAAACGUAUUAACUGUUAAAGUCAAAAAGUGUAAAGAAUUUGUUAAUGCUUAUUGAAAACUUGAUUGAAAGUUCACUACUUUUCAAUUGUGAUUUAUUUCUUUUCUAAUCAGCAAAUUUAAAAAAAAACAAUAGGGUAUUUGACAAGUUUUUGAAAGCGAUCUCACGUUAUUGACUAAUGUUUAUGGAGUCCGUAA